AUGGCAGACCAGAUCCUGAUACAGAGGGUGAGAGGAUCUUGGAGUUUGCACUGGCAUUUGAUCUUCUUGUCAUCAACACGCGACAGCCACCUAGCAACAUAUAAGUCUGGAGGCGCAGCAACACAGAUUGACUUCAUCCUGUUUCGUAAGAACAUGUGCAAACUUGUCACAGAUGUGAAGGUAUUCCCUGGUGAGGAAGUUGCCUCUGCAGCAUCAGCAUCAGUUUGUGACAUGUUGAUUGACAUGCCAUCCAAAGCCAAGCACAAGUUCACACCUCGCCAGAAAGUCUGGAAACUCAAGGAUGAUCAUGCAACUUGCAGAUACUUCCAGGAAGCAUUUGAAUCGCAUGUAUCGGCCUCAGCAAUGGUAGAAAAGCAGAUAUACGAAAACGUAGAUACCAGGUCUUCAGAGGUGUACUGCCUUGCAAACCAGAUACGAAGGGAGAAUGUUGAUGUGGUGGGCAACAAACCAGUAAAGAAUGACACAGGUGAGAUGUCAUUGAACCAAGAAGCAAAGGAGAAAGCUUGGCUAGAGCACUAUGAAAGGCUCCUGAAUGUGGAAUUUGACUGGGAACCUGAACACCUAACCAAUGAAUCACCACUGGAAGGGCCACCUGUCCCAAUCACAAUUGAUAUGGUGAAAAAGGCCAUCUCCAAGAUGAAAUCGGGUAAAGCAGCUGGACCAUCGGGAAUAGCAGUGGAGAUGAUCAGAGCCGCAGGUGACACAGGUGUAUCCAUAAUCCGUGACCUUACAUCCUCAAUUUUCUGUGAUGGCAAGGUCCCCACUGACUGGGAGCAGAGCUUCAUUGUCUGCCUCUACAAGGGCAAGGGUGAUGCUCUGGACAGGGGCAACUACCGUGGACUCAAACUGACAGAACAAGUCAUGAAAGUCCUGGAGAGGCCUCAUUAG